AUGAUGAACUACAGCCGCUCAAUUCCCUUUGCCCUUUUUGCCUUGUUUGGCACUGGCCUCUCGCAAACUGUUGAUGGUGCCUCCUUCAACAAGCCCACUGCCGGCCCUCCAGCAAGCUACUUCGCUGCUGGAUCAUCUAUCCCCGUCGCUGCAUUGAAGAGCGCCGCUGCAAAGGCUAGCACUGCUGCAAAGGAUGCAACCUAUCUCAACAACAAUGAUAGCGGAGCUAAGAAGUCUACCAUCUACAGCGACUGGUCGAAGUUCAGCGAGGGUGCUGCAUUCGUUUGGAUUGCCGAUAUGGAUGUUGACUGCGAUGGCAUCGACUACAAGUGCACUGGAAACCCCGAUGGCCAGGCCCAGACCAACUUCGGUGCUCUGGCUGCCUAUGAAGUGCCCUUCAUUGUCAUUCCCGACAAGUUCGGAACGACCUACGAGAGUGUUCUUCCCGGAAACAACAUCGGUGCAGUCAUCUGCGACGGAAAGAUGUUCUACGGUAUCUACGGAGACUCUGAUGGUGAUAGCCCCCAGGUUAUCGGCGAGGCCUCGUGGUUGAUGGCCCGUACCUGCUUCCCCAACGAUGACUUGAACGGAAACAGCGGCCACAGCGAUGUUGAUGUUACCUACAUCCUCUUCACUGGCGACGAGGCUGUGCUCCCCAGCAGUGCUCUCACCAAGAACUACAUCACCAACUUCACCACCCUCCGCUCUAUGGGUGACAAGCUCAUGACCGCUCUUGCCAAGAACCUCGGCCUGACUAGCGGAGGCACUACUACCACCCUGGCCACCACCACCAAGAAGACUACUACAACUGCUGGCACCGCCCCUACUACUACCUGCUCAUGGUCAGGACACUGUGCUGGCGCUACUUGCUCUGAUGAGAACGACUGCUCGGACGACCUUGUCUGCAAGAGUGGAAAGUGUGCUGCUGAGUAA